AAUUUUCCUGUAUUUUUAACCCAGGCACAUUAAUACACAUAGGUUUCGUAGCGCAGGAUUGCAGUUGAGACGAGCUACCUUCAACUGUUGUUUGUUUGCAGGGAUAUACGGAUAAACCGCCAAUGAAAGGCCCGAGUAAAAAGGAUUAACUAAAUGGAUAGGCGGACACAUUGUCGCAUUGCAUUUGUAAGUUCCCGAUGUUUCAUGAUGGGAUGUAACAAAUAAGCUGCAGAUAUGCCGUCCUGUUCACUGAAUUGGGUGAGUUACCCCUCGUCUUCAACGUGAAUAUAUUUAAAAGAAACACAUUUGUCACUGGAAGCAGCCAUUGAUUGAGUGACCGCAUGCGUCAAGUGCAUAAUUGAGAAAAUAUAAGCUCAUGAGUCAUGAGAGCUGAGCCUGUAGGGUUAAUUAGUAGGCUUAGAUUCUGAGUUAGAUAAUGAUUAAUGAUACAGACUAAUAUAAUUUCUUAUGACUUUCAGAUGGUGCUGGUGGGUAAUGGUAUGUUAUUUUCAUGAAAAAUACGUUGUAUGUAAUACUACGCGGGGACCGUUUGGUCAUUGGGUUCUGAAGACAAGACACUAGUACUAGUAGUACUAGUAGCAAAUAAUUCGUUUAAUUAAUGUAGCUGCUGAUGAUGGAAUGAUUUAUUGCGUGUCGAGCUAUAAUUAGAUCUAUGCCAGACAACACCGGGAGCGAGGGGCAAGUUUUUAGGAAUAUGAAUAGGUUCAAGGAUAUAUUUUUUUUAUUUACAACUCUUCAGCACUUUGGCCUUAGUUGGCCUUAGUCUGCUAAAAAAAGAUUUUGCUUUAAUAAUUUUUACCUUUAUUUGUUUCAUAUUCGUAUUUUUAUGAAUGUAUGGAUCCAAGCAGUAAAUGAAAAUAUUGCAGUCCUAAUAGAGUAUAAUUUAAAAAAAAAAAUGAUAAUCUGAAUAUUAUAGGCCUAUUUAACAAAAGCCUACUGAAGUAUUAUUCACAGAAAAUUUAAUUUUGAUAAACUUUUCUUAAACAUUUAAUUAUUAAAAUAUAUUUAAAAAAAAAUAUAUACCAUAAUAUACAUUAAUGAUUAAUGUCAGGGAUCACAUAAUAGUAAUAAUUAGUAUUUUGGAUAACAUUUAAAUGAUUAAAAAUGACAAAUAAUGCCAAAUAUGGGGCUGCCCAUAAAGUACAUCACGCUAUUUUUGACAAUUUUUACUCCCCCCUCCCCCUGUCACACAAACUGUCACAAAUCUCGGACCCCCCCCCCCCAUGACAAAUAAUGCCAAAUAUGGGGCUGCCCAUAAAGUACACCCCGCUAUUUUUGACAAUUUUUACCCCCCCCCCCCCCUGUCACACAAACUGUCACAAAUCUCGGACCCCCCCCCCCCACAAAGUACAUCACACUUUCGAAACAAAGAUUUAAAAAAAUUAACACCUAAUUUAACCGAAAACACACUUCACUUUUAAACUGUAUUAAAAUAUAAAAUUUCCACUUAAAAGAACUAUCACAUUAUUAAAAUUACUUUAAUAGUCUUAAAUAGUAGAAUAGUUAAUUGUCUACAGUUGUCACAGUUAUUCAUUGAAGCAGUAACUCAAUCUAGAUUGAAUUUAAAAACAAAAAUUGCAAAAAUUAGACUAGACAAUUAUAUAAUACACAUCAUUUAUCUGCUGCUUUUUCAUUUACAAAAGGUGAGGUCAAGUUUUAGAUAAUUUCCGAUUAUGCAAUUUUUUUUACACAGGAUAAGAAAUAUAUUAGCGAAACUUGCAUACUAGUGCUCCUAGCGAGAGGAAUUGUGAACAACACAUUCAGGAGAUACGCAUUUCAUGCUAUUUUGACAUAAAACUAAUUCAAAUGUUUCACAAAAUUAUUAAAAAUUAUUUUUAAAGCUAUUAAAUUCUAAUAAAAAAAUUAAAAAAAUAUAUUAGAAAUAAAAUGUAAAAAAAAUAAAUGUGUGAAGUCACACAUGGCCUGAAACACACAACUCUCCCCCCCCCCCCCCCCCCCCCCCUUUUGAGCGCGACAUACUUUAUGGAUGGCCCCUAUGAUCACAUGUGUCAGAGAGAAAGCCACUAGGAACUAAGUCAAUUAAAUUAUUCUUAGCAUAUAGGCUUGCUAUUGUUGUAUGUUAGAUAUUAGAUGGUCAAAAUCACAUGUAGGCGUAGGCUUAGGCUAACAAAAAGUAGUAAUUUAUCUUUGUUUCAUUAAAAUUAAAUUAAAAGUUAACAAAUUAAAAUUUUGAACAAUUUUUCUCAUUAAAAAUUAAUGUAUAGGCCUUACUUUAAAAGCAAAUUUUCUAGCCCCUAAACACUAUUAGUAACAAACUAACUUCCAUGGAUUGACCACUUGUUGUUUGACCUGAAAAUCCACAAAGAAGAAAACUCAUAUUUCAUCUAUUAAAUUUAUGUUUUAAACCUUGAUAUAGCAUCCCCACACACUUAUAAACAUUUCCCACAAUGUUAUUAACCUUUCCAACACUCUCUAUGCUUUAAAACACUUUUAAAAGUGUGCCAUAGCUGCAUUUUCCAUAACUAACAACUAUGAGUCUGUGUCUACUCAUCUCCUGUAUGCUACAUAUUUUGUUGAUUUAAUAUACUUUUAAUGUUUUAAUUAAUAUUUUAAAUAUUUUUUAUAUUGUUUUCAAUUUUUUUAGGCUAGAAAAUGCUUAUUUAAAAAAAAAUAAAAUCUUAAAAUUGAGACUAUUUCCAUAAAACAAAAGAAAAUAUUACAUACCAAAUGCACUUGCGGUAUUUUUAAGAAUAUGAAUUUGCGCAAUUAUCAGGUUUUUUAUUUUGCACGCUAUUGAAUUGAACCUUAGUGUUAGUGACAGACAUCACUUCAUAGAAAGUUAUAUGUGCGUACAUUUCCAUCACUGGAUAGUUGCAUGAUCUAAUGUCGAACAAUGACACUCACUCAUAUUGUCCUGUGUGUGUUUUUAAUUUUAAGAUUUUUGUUAGAAUAAAUAGAGAGAAAUUAAUUUUUUUGUAUAGACACAGCUUUACAUUUUGUGCAUUAUUGCUAGCUAAUCGAGUUACAUUACUUUGUGAGGUUUUAAAGUUAUUAAAUUAAGAAUUUAAUAUGCUUAUCUGCUAAGAAAAUAUUUUGAUAUUGACAAAUAUGGGGGCAAGGGUGCAGCUUAUUUAAAUGUCAUAGAUUUGUAAAAAAUGAUUCACAUCAAUAAAUUUGAAGAGUUUCAUGAGGCUCUUGAGUUAUGGCUUGCAGAACAUUGGGUAAACAUCAUCGUGGAAAUUUGUGCUCACUUGUGACACCUUUGACGGAGGAUAUAAUCAUGUUAUUUAAAAUGAUCUCAUAUUAUCUUACUUGAGAAUAUACUACAGUAUAUGCAAAAAAAACCCCACAUUUUUCAAAAUAAUGGCUAUGAUGUGAAUAUAUUUAGCUUAUAGCAAUAAUCUUCUGUUCUGAUUAAUAUAUAUAUUUUUUUAAUGCUAAGUGGUAACAGCCAAUGUUAUUAUAAAAACCUCUUCCCAUUUAAUUUUUUUUUUUCUUUCGAUUCUCAGAGCAAAUUAAAGGUUUUAUAAUAAUUAAAUCAAUAUAAUUAAAAAAAAACCACUUAUUUCACUCAUUUCUUAGUAAUGCUACAGAACCAAGCAUUUGGAAUCAGAUGAAAUAGCCAAUAUGACAGCAAGAUACUCUAUGACAACACUAUGAUAUGUUGUGGCACCAACAGCCCCAUGCUGGCUUUUCAUGACAAGAUGACCAGCACUGCUCUCCUCGAGCUGAGUUUAGAGCAGGCUGACCUUGUCUACUACUCUGGUGACCGUAUAAGGGGUGCUCUUAUUGUUCACGUGGCUGCCCCUGUAACGAUAGCAGGUAAGUUACUUUUGGGUUAAAGGUGAGAAUGGUGAUGUGGAUGUUUUUGAAGGUAAAGAUGGUGAUGUUGCAUAUAUAUAAAAAUGUGAGGCAGGGAUCACCAUUUCCUCAAAAGGCAACAAAAAUUCAAUAUGUUUUUUUUUUACAAGUAUUCAGGAAAUAUUUAAUGUAAUUAAAUACAUUUAAAUAAGUCAUAACCAUAAUAGUUGAAUUUUCCUCAUUCUACCUUUCAGAAUGAAAAUUUGAAAACCACUUAACCACAUACACAUUUCAAAAUAUAGUUUUUGUAGUUUUUUUUUUUUAACACCAAAGUUUUUCAAGAAUGUUAACUCUUUUCCAGCAUAUCAACGAAAUAUCGCUGAUUUGACGGGCUGCGUUUGUUCCAAUCCUAUGGCUAUCAAUCCUAGGGCUAUUAGUCCUAUGUUUUAUGUUCUCAAUGAAUGAUAACUCUUCCUUCUUCCUUCCUGUUAGAAGUAAGGUUUAUUUAUGUUUGUUUUUCCAAUAAUUGCGACCUUUUUUUUCAAAUUUGUGGUGAAAUAGUUGUAAAUAAAGCAAUAACCAUGCCUAUUCCAAGCACAUCAGGUUUUGCUAGACCAUGUAUAGAGUCAAGUUUGCAAACAAGAGCUUUUAUUGCAAAUUAUUGAUGCUGAAACAUCAGACAAUAACCAUGAUACAUUUGAAUCUUAUUCAAGUGAUGAUUUUCAGCUUUCUGAUGGGCUGGUUAAGGGUAAUAGAGGAGGUGAUAGUAAUAAUGGUGACAGUGAAGUUUUAGAUAAUGCUACUCCUGUUCCUGCAAAGUGAAGUCAAAAAUUAGGCAGAAAAGAUGCAAGUAGAACAGUUUGUAAAGCCCAGAACCCUGAAACACUCAUUUCGCCUAUAAUAGGGCCUAUUCCAUUCCUAAUGCUCACCCUAUCAAAGUCAGGGAAAAAGCCCACCAACAGUGCAGAUGAGCAUCUCAUUGAAAGCUAACAAGGUUCUAAGGUGGACAAAAAUGUGUGUAGCUAUGUUACUAAAUAGAAUAUUUUCAAAAUGUAUAAUGCAUUCUGAUAAAAAAUAGAUAUUAUACCUUCUGAGGAUUGAAGCAGAAUAGGAUACCAGCUACACAGACCAUUUGACUGUCUGAUAAGUUCAGAUUUAAUGUGCAUUUAAAUUUUUUUUUUUUUCUUUUUGGAUAUCAUAAUUUUACCAUUUAAACUAUUAUUGCCAUAUUGUCUUAUCUUAAAUAUUAUCAUUCUCUGUUUAAUUUCCUUUAAUUUGGUAUGAAAUACAGCUAAAAAAAAAAGAUUACAAAAAUUCAUUGAUAGAUAAGACUAAGAGCACCUUAAAAAAAUUGCCAUCUGCUGAAAACUGUUCUGGCACAGACAUGGAAACUCCCCUGGCCUGGAAAGAGUUAAUAGUAUUUAUUCUUAAGGAAAAUAUAUUAAUUCAACUGAUUUAAAUGUCACAAAGCUGAUGUUUAUAAUUUGUUGCUGCACAUGUAAUGCAAGUGACUGGUGUUGGUUUGACAUCAUACUUAACACAUUGCUUGCAAACAGAAAUGGUGCUGUAAACAAAAUAAUGAUAUUUUCAUUAUGCCUAUGGGAAUAUCAUACUAACAAUAAUAGACUGGAUGAUGUUUGAUUUCUAACUAUCUUCAAAAUAUUUAUUUUCAUAAAUUAUUAUUAAUACAUGUAAUAGAAAUUGAACUCCAUAGUCUAAUGACAUGUGAACAACUAGAUAAAUUGCGAGAGCCUUUUUGACCAAAUGACAUUACUCAAACCUGUUCUUUCCAAGAGACAAUGUUCAGAUCCGUACUGUCUGAGACAGUGGUCAGAUCUCUACUGUUUGAGACGCGGUGGUCAGAUCUCUGCUGUCUGAGACACAGUGUUCAGAUCUAUACUGUCCAAGAAAAAAUGGUUAGAUCUGUCCUGUUCAAGAGCUAAUGCAAAGAUCUAUGCUGUUCAAGAGCAAAUGCAAAGAUCUAUGCUGUUCAAGAGCUAAUGCAAAGAUCUAUGCUGUUCAAGAGCCAGUGUUCUCAUCUGAGCUGUCCGGUGCACAGUAUAAAUAAAAACAUUGUUUAAUUUUCUUGUGUAAUACCCAAAAUGCUUGUAAUUCUGAAUAUUAUUCCACCUUAUGGCAGUGUUAUAAAAUACAUGAACAUAACAUAGACAAUAUCAACUUGGUACACCAUUCAUUUAUACAUGAAACAUAGAAAGUGCCAAUCCUCACUUAUACACAAAACAUAGACACUCCCAAUCCUCACUUAUACACAAAACAUAGACACUCCCAAUCCUCACUUAUACACAAAACAUAGGCACUCCCAAUCCUCACUUAUAAACAAAACAUAGACACUCCCAAUCCUCACUUAUACACAAAACAUAGACACUCCCAAUCCUCACUUAUACACAAAACAUAGACACUCCCAAUCCUCACUUAUACACAAAACAUAGACACUCCCAAUCCUCACUUAUACACAAAACAUAGACACUCCCAAUCCUCACUUAUACACAAAACAUAGUCCAAUACAAAAUUAUAAUACAGAGAAAAAGUCCCUAUCAUUCCUAAUAUAUGCACUUAAAAUGCCAAAAUCCCAUAUAAACUCAAAACAUAGCAACCCUACCCCUCCCAUUAAAAAAUUACACAACUACACCCCCCCCCCCAUACAAAAAGAACUGCCACUUUCCUGUCUCCCCAAAACACAGAAGAGGCAUUUCCUGGUAUGUAGUAACAUAUGCACACCAUCUCCCCACUUCUGGAGCCUAGCCACUGAUCCAGAGGACCAGUGGGAUCAAUAGUUGUCUCCCAUGGAUUGGUUGACCUCAUAACCCUGAGCUGGACCUACUUAUUCCCACACUGAUGACUUUCUCAUAACAGGGAGGCUAAGCCUAAGGCCUGCACCCUGUGACCUCUUACCCCCAAAAAUCUCUUUUUUAGCAACCACUAACACUUUAUCAUGUAUCAUAAAAUAUAGACAUCAGCAAUGUUGUUUUUUUUUGAAGUGAUGGAAACAUAUCAGUUGGGCCACUUAAACAAUUUGAACACUAACAUUUAAAUGAUAAAACCAUCCAAGAAUGACAUCUGUUAUGGUUGAAUAAACUCGUUUUUUUUUUAGUGCACAAGAAAACUUCUUGUAAUAGGUAGGCUAAAAAUAACCAUCAAUUUGUUAAGUGUCUACAGCUGGCACUGGUUAAUGUAGCAACAGGCAAGGAUGGCAGAUUUAAAUACCUACUUUAGACUAAGGUCAAAAACAUAUGGACUGCAUGGCUUACAACUUUGUGGCUAAAAUAGUGUAAAUAUGUAUUGCAAGCAUAACUUACAUAUUGUCAGCUUAAAUAAUGUAAGUGUUAUAAGCAAUGGUCAAUAUGGUGGUUAUUUUAUUUGGAGCGGUGACAACAAUCUUUUGUGGGAAAGACAAAAAUUACCAAACUGUUUGUGCAUGUUUUAAAAAAAUUAGUUUGAUUUUACCUAUCAUUUUAUGGUUCUGAAAAUUGAAUCUGUUUUAAGAUUUUGUAGAAUGAACAGUACAUAACAAAGGACUGAAAACCAGAAUUCAAAGAAAAACUAUACCAACGCUAGUGAUAUUAAAAAUACACAAUUUAUUUAUACUAUUAAGUUUAUAUAAAAUAUAUAAAAUCAAAUAUACAGAAGUAGAACUGUAUUUUGCUAUAGCACAGCAAGUGAAAAAGUAUAAUCCUCGAAAGAUAUAAAUAUUAACAUACACACACACACACAAAGAGUAUGAUCUUCUUCUUCUUCUUUAUUUUGAGGGCCCACGAUCAAUGAAUUGAUCAUUCUGGCUCCUAUGUUUCAGAGGGGUUUGCGAUAUUACUGUGCAUGGGUUUCAAUGGGAUGCUUCACUGGUUGCAAGGGCGACUCAGCAGUGGUGUUAUGAACUGGGGGUUGGAAUACAGGAGGCAAUAGACACAAAUGUGUCGAGUGUAGCCGCCUCAACUGUUGCUUUUGGAAGCUUGUUCCAGUCCCCUAUUGUCUUCGGCAGGAAUGAGGAGCUCCUAUACUUUGUUCUUGUUUUUACCAGCCAGAACUGUCUGUUGUGGCUUCGUCACAGUCUAGGGGGAAGAUGAACGAGUUUCUGUUUGAUUCCGGAGCAGUGGACCAGCCCAUGUUUUAUCUUGUACAACAUGGUGAGCCUGGAUAGUCGUCGUCGUUCUUCCAAUGUAGACCAGCCCAGUGUUUCUAGCAUUCUGCCAACACUUGAGCUGUUUCUGUAGCGGUUCAUGACAAAGCGUGCUGCCCGUCGCUGGACCGCCUCCAACCUGUCUAUGCUUUUCUGGGUAAAUGGGUCCCAGACUGUAGAAGCGUACUCUAAAAUAGGCCGGGCAAAGGCUUUUUCUUUCACGCUUGAGGCUUGAGUUUCCGAUCUUCAGAUUGUGCCUUAGGAACCCUAGGGUCUUGUUUGCCCGGUUGCGCACACUGUUAAUGUGCUCGUCCCAGCGGACCUAUCUUUGAUUGGUAACACCCAAGUACCUUACGGAGGAAACUGGCUCAAGAAUAUGCAGUUCGUAAGAGUGGUUUAGAGGGAAUCUUCUUCUAGAGACUGACAGGGUCUGGCACUUGACGGGAUGAAAUUCCAUGUCCCAGCUCAUCUCCCACUCAGUGAACCGAUUGAGGUCGCGUUGAAGCUGGCUCUGGUCAGAGCUGUUGACGAUUGUCCUAUAUACCGCUGUGUCGUCUGCGAACAGUCUUGCUUGAGAGGUCAGCUUCUCGGGCAGAUCAUUGAUAUAUGCUAGGAACAAACAAGGGCCUAGCACUGAGCCUUGGGGGACCCCUGACUUAACACAGACAUAGGAGGAGGUUUUGCCAUCUACCACUACUGCCUGGCAUCGGUCGCUGAGGAAGCUAGAGAUCCAUGUUUUGGUAGUGCCUUGGAUCUUGAUCUUGAUCUUGUAAGGUUCUUAUAAGUGUGUUAUGUCUAGUCAUUGUCUAGUAAAAUUAGCAAAAAUCUCUCUGCUGGGAAGGGAAAACUACCGGCUUAUUUAUAGGAGAGUUAGAACCCUCCAGAUAAGAAAUUCUAGAAAUUGCAUCACCCAAUAGCUUUCUUUAGAACAAGUAGAAUGUAAACAACCUUUUUACCAAUAAAGGGAAGGGUGACUGGUAGAGCAUUACAAAUUUUAUUGCUGACAUCAAUACUGAAACAAAAGGGAGAAGCAAUUACUGGAUGUCACAGCACUAUGUUGAAGCAAAAUUAGGUCAACACACAGGCUAUAACACUUGCUGACAUGUGUGUUUAAAAACACCUGCGUUUUAAGUAUUUUUAUAAAGAGAGAAAUGCUCUGUUAUUUUUUACCAGAGUUAUAAAAUUGUGUUGAGCAUUGAUAGAUAUAUUGGUCAUUUAGCCAUCUACAGAUUUUCUAACAUGUUAAUUGCUUGAAAAGGCAAAAAGACAACUUUGCAAAGAGGAGAUAUUGAUUAUUUCUGUUUAUUUUAUCAAUCUACAAGCUACUGCCCAGUUUAUUCAUUAUUUAGGAUACGUUUUGGCAUUAGAAAGCGUUGAAGCAGAGUUUUAGGGGCUUUUUGAGGUUGAACUUCAAUAAAAAUAACUUGGAUCUCAAAAAAAUAGUUUGCUCUAUUCAACACAGCAAGACUUUCUAUCUUGUUUUUUUAGUUGAAAUAUUCUCUUCAAACCCAGAGCAGAGCUGGUAAGAAGUAAGAGCAAACAAUGCGUGACUUAAACAGCUCCCCAUCUGAUACACAUUUAACUUCUCUGUUACUGUUAGUGGUAAACCAAGGGAAAGGAUAAUGACUUGUUUAGUGGUAAACCAUGGGAAAGGAUAAAUGACUUGGGUUAGUGGUAAACCAAAGAAAAGGAAAAAUUAUGACUUGUUUAGUGGUAAACCAAGGGAGGUUGAUAAUUUUACAAGUCAUGUUAAAUAAACAUUCUGACUAAUACUUACUUAAAAGUCAAACAGAAUAUUUGUGAAAUGCAAAGAUGUAAAUAAAAAAAAUAAAAAAAAAAAAAAAAAAGAACACCAUCCCAUUGAGAUUUGGAAUUAUAGAAAUAGGUAAUAAUAGUGUUGUGAUGAAAUAAUUAAAAAUAAAAAAAAAUAAUUGUGAAAAGCAAAAAAGUAAAAAAAAAAAAAAAAAAAAAAAAAAAAAAGAACACCAUCCCAUUGAGAUUUGGAAUUAUAGAAAUAGGUAAUAAUAGUGUUGUGAUGAAAACUAUGACUAUAUGUUUUCACUGUUUCUUUACUUUGUUGCUUACUUGUUUUUGCUACUUGAUCCAGCUACUUGAUCCAGAAAUAUUUAAAAAAAAAAAUUAUUAUUUUAAUACGAAAAUCAAAGAUCCACCAAAUUUUAAUUGAUUUAAGGUUCCCAGAUCCAAUGUUAUACCAGUGCAACAUUUCCUUUCUUUGAACUAGAGAUCAAAGAAUAUGAAUGAGAUUUAAGAAACAAAGAGAUUAAUAAAAAGUAUUUAAAAAGAAAUCUGUUCUUAGAAUUAACACAAAAUUAUUUUAAAUUUGUAAAAGUUGUGCUUGCCCAGCUUUUCCAUGUUGAAUUUUUUUCUCAUAAAUUUCUUCAAAUAUUUUUUUUUGGCUCACUUAAUCUACAGGAGUUGAACUUCGAUUUCGUGGUGCAGCAAGGGCAAAAUGGCGGGAGGUUGGUUGGAAAACAGAAGUAGAGCAUGAAAAAGAAGAAAUUUACUUUGAUGACAGGUUUUGUCUGUGGGGAAAGGGUGAGUGCAAUGUUUCUUUCUUCGGUAACAAAGAAAUGAUUUUUAAAAUAUAAAUUAUAUAAUGUUGCAUGUUGUAUUUGUAGCAUUUUAUUUUUUCUCUACCUGCUAAUAUAUUUCAUGAGAAUUUUAUAUGUUUAUCAUUUCAGUCUUGGUAGUGGAAACUAAUGGCUAAAAAAAAUUAUAAAUCCCAUACCCUUCUCAUAAGUAAGGACAUUAAGUCACAAAAAUGCAAUUUUGUGCAGAAAGGUUAAAAAAUUGUGUAAUUGAUGAAUAAUUAACUACAGUUUUCAUAAUAGUUUAUCUGAUUAAAAUAAAUUAUAUUUUCUUUGUAUUUUUUGUAUCCAUAAUAGAUAAGAUGUUAAAAAACAGGAAGUAAAAAAUAAAUAUUCUGCAUUAACAUGCAAAUUCUCAUAGAUUUAAGCGGUAAAAAAUAUGAACUGCCACUAUUUUUAAGAAUUGUUAAAGUAAUUUAUGUGGGUCAUUAAAAAUAUAGGGAAUGACUUAUCAGCAUAAGUGACAUAUCCACCAAUAUAUAUCUUGUUACCCUUUUAUUGUUGGGUUUAAAGGUGCAUGGUGGAGAGGGGGUGGCUGUUAGACGUCAGCAUUUUAUGACUAAGUUUGUGGAGGUGGUGAUUCCAAAAAAAUGUCAAAUAACAAGUUUCAAUAUAAUGAGUGUAAGAAUAUGAUCUAAGCCAUAAAGAUUGGGGAAAAAUAAAUUUUUCAAUCUAUAACUUGCGACAGAUAGAAGUAUGAUGACAACAUCAAUCCAUCCCUGUGGUGCUACAGCCCAUGUAGGGCUUUGACCUGCCUCACCACAUCCUUCCACUCAGACCUAACUGAUGCUUUUCUUUUCCAUGUUUGGAUUCCCUGCUAUUGCAGAUCUUUUUCCAAAUCAUCCAUCCAUAUAAGCCUAAGUCUGCCUUUGAGCUGUUUUCCUCUGAGGUUUUGGUGAUGCACCUUCUUCACUUCUCUAUCAUUUGGCAUUCUUUCUGUCACGCCCAGCAUAGCCUGCCCUUUUUUUAUUUCUGCUAAUAGCAUGGGAUCCUGAUAUAGUCUAUACAAUGCCUUGUUGGAUUGUAUUCUCCAUCCAUAUUCAUACAUUGUUGGUCUGUAUAUUUUCCUGAUAACUUUUCUCUCGCAUGUGUUUAAUAGGUUUUCUGGCAUUUUUCUUAGGGUCUAAAUUUCACUUUCGUAUGUUACAACUGGUCUGAGUACAGAUUUACAUAUAUAUUUAUACAAAGCCAAAGUUUUAAAUUAUAUUGUGGAAUAUUUAAUAACCUUUUAAUUUUUUCCAAUCAUUAUUAAAAAAAUUGUUAAUUUGAAAUAUUUAAAGUAAAAUUUAAAAAUUGGUUUUAUAAGAAAAUGAUUUAGAUUAUUUAAACCCAAUGUGAAAUAUUAGUUGUAUUGUGUGUGCCUCUGCCAAAUAUUUGUGGUUCACAGUAUAUCAAAAUGUCUGGUUUUACUGAAGUGCUUGAGUGAUAGAUACAGCCUGGUUGGGCUGACAAAUAUCAAGUAAAACUCUGACACCAAGUUAACAAGCUUGAAGAGUUUAUUUACACUUGUCCACAGUAGUAUAAUAGGCUUAAGUAUACAUAAAUAAUGAUUGUUUCCUCAGUGUACUAAUUCCUACUAAAAGGACUUUCUCUCUAUUCCAAUAUACUACAGGUCCAGUAACCUUAAGCUCUCUACAUCUCUUUCUAAUUGUUCUCUCUCGAUCUCUGUACUCAUUUUGAAAACCACGCAGCUUUCAAACAAUGGACCCAAACAUCCUUGGGACAUUGACUUUCUCUGCAUGUAAUUUAAACAGCUCAGUUAACCUAUUUAUUACGCAUCACCUAACAUCUUUCAACCAAUAUGCCCUGGAGAUAUACUUAAAUUCUAUUAAGUACAGCUGUACUAGUCCUAGUUAAAAAUAAAACAUUAAAUCAUGAUUACAUGACCUCGACACCCAACUUUAUUCAAAUUACUAAGCAUUUUUACAUUUGUCAUUACCAACACACAUUUUCAAAUGCACAGAAUGCUGUUACAGUUUUGGGAAAAAAUGGAACAGCAUUUUUAAUGAGAUGCGAUAUAAAAGUAUUAGAAUAGGAAAGUUCAAUUUUACAAACUAAUACCUUAAAUAAAGCUCAAUUGUUUAUUUUUCAAGCUAUUAAAUGUAAAACAAAGUCUAGAAAAAACAAUGCACUCAAAAUUUAUAAGUGAUUUAACAUCAGCUUUUAUAAAAUUAUUGUUGUAAAGAUUUUAUUUUCAUUUUAUUAACUAUGUGAAGCACUUGAGAUAAUGGUUUUUAUAAUAGACGAGGGACUGCGUUUAUUGGCUAGAUGCCUUCUUCAGCAGACAAUACAAUAAGCGACAGAUAAAUUACAAAUAAAACUUAUGUGUUGGAAGAUCUCAAUUAUGCGGCUAGAGUGUGAAUGUUUUUUGUACAUGCUUUAUUGUUUAUGCUAAAGUUUGGUCAAUGAAUUUGCCUAUGCUGCUGUUAGCUACUUAAAAUCAUGAGCUAAAGAAUUUCACAAUUUGCGGCCAGUUGCAGAUGAUGGGCGCUGGGAAAGCAGAGAAGUUCUGAACAGAGGCAGGCAUCUAUUUCCUUUUCAAUACAAGUUGCCAGAAGGUACAUAUAUUGUCUAUUAUAAUAACUUCCCUCCCAAUAAUUUAUCAGUGACAGAUCUGACAAAGUAUAAAUUAAAGAUUGGAGUACUUAAAAAUGGAGUUAAAUCACUUUUGUAAUUUAAUUUUUCAAAUAUGGCUCAAAUCUCUGUAAGGGAUAAAUAUAUAUCGAGAACUAACCAUGAUAAUCAACAUCCUAUCAACUCUACCAGGAAUACCAUGUUCAUUUGAGGGCCCUGAAGCCAACAUUCGCUAUACUGUUCAUGGAGCCCUGGCAAGAGUAGCUGGAUCCAAUAUUACCACAAAGAAAAUUGUCACAGUUUUGCGGGACUUGGAUUGCAAACGAGACAAUGAAAAGAAAUCUCCAGCGGUAGGCUUACUGUUGAUUUAAAAUUAAAUUAGUUGCAUAUUAUUGCCCACCAUAUGUACUUAAAGCCUAAAAAUUAAAAUUUAAGCUAGAUAAAAUAAUUUUGACAAAUAAAUUAAGGUUCAAAACAAUCAUCAAAUUGAUUUAAGUUCAUAAAAAUAGUUUAAAAUAAAGAUUUUUUGGACUCUUUCCCUUAUGCUUAGCAGGUUGGAACUAGCGUUUCUCAUUUCCUGAGGUUUUGUUUAUCCCAGGAAAGGGAACAGAGUUUUCCUUAUUUCAGGAUCCCAGGAUUUCCUGAUAAAAAAUUUACACUGGGGUCGGCGAAGACCAUCGGGAAAUACACAUUUGUGAAGUAGCAACGAAAAUAUUAUAUGGUUGUGAGGUCACCACAGCAUUAGGAACUGUAUUAAAGGGUUACGGCAUUAGGAAGGUUGAGAACCACUGUACUAGAUGCUUCAUUUUCCACUGCUUAUCUUUAGUAAUGAAUAACUAGCUAAUAAUAUGUGUAUUAAGCAAAAGCUGGAUAUAACCACUUGUAGAAAAAUCUCAACACUUUAUGAGUUUUGCAUUCUUUACAGGUCUCUAAUUCCAGUUUCUAAUGCAUCACUAAAUAUUUACAAGCAAAAGUUUCUUACAACUUGUAACAAGAGGUUGGUUUCAAAUAAAAAAACAAUUAGGAAUGUUAUUACAUGCAUCUAAAUAUGUAUUAUGUCUUACUAUGUUGAUCUUUCAAAUACAAAAAAAACACUAAAUAAUAAAAAGUUAGUUUUGCGCAUGGACGUCAUGGGAUAAUCAAGCUACUAGAGCACAGGUUUCCAGCCCAUGGGAGAUGACCUCAAAUGGGGUUAUGAAGAGAUUUAUGUGAGGUCAUGGCCUGAUACAGCAGACUAAGAGGAGCAGUUAUCUUAAAAUAGAUUGCUAUUUUUAAAUGGUGUCUUAAAGUUUCAAUUACUAUCUCAAUAAAAACAUUAAAUAUUUGACCAAUUAAAGUCAAAUAAUAAUUAAGUUUUAACAUUUUUUCAUUUCCAAGUAUUUACCCUAUUUAAAAGCCAUUUUUUCGCAUACAUUGUGGUAAGGGCACUUUGCAUCUUUAUGAAUUUUUUAGUUAAUUUAAAAUGCUUAAGAAACUGUGUACUAGAGCUACUAGGGCUAAGUAAUUCAAUGCAGUAAAAUAUAUUUUACAGAUAUUGGCUACACCGACAAUCUGUGACACUUGCUGAAAUUUAAAAAAAAACAAGAUAAUUGUGUUCUCAAAGUGUUUACCCAAGAAAAUUUGAAAGAAUGUAUUUUCAUCAGCAAUGAGUCUAUGAGUCAUGUUUCAGUUCCAUAGGUUGACAUGAAGUGGGUUAAUUAGCAGUCCAAAUAUUUUGCAAGCUAGAAACACACAAACAUAAGCAAAUUUAAUAUAAAGGAUAUAAAUAUUAUAUUCAUUUGAGCAUCUGGUUAAUAUUUACAAUUUUCGCAACUAUUUGGAUGAUGUGGCGUUUUCUUAACUUGUGGAGCUAUUUGUAAUGCUGUGGGAUUGGCAUAUCUCUGUUUUUUCAUGACAUGUGGUACAUUGAAUGUUAGGAGUAUCAAAGUGUUACACAUUAAGCUAAUCAACAAUACAUUCAAUAGCAUUUAAAUAUCUUUCUUUUUAUUCCACUCUUUAUGAUUUCAGUCACGGCAUGUACUUGAAGAUCAUGCAGAGCGGACAUUCAGUACAACUUGCUGCCGCCCUUCUCGUGUAUCAUGCUCACUGUGUGUGCUCAAACGUUCAUAUGUGCCAGGUGAAACUAUACACGCUGAUGUCCAAAUACAUAAUAUGACCAUGAGAAAGUCUGGUCCAUGUCGCUUGCAGCUCAAACAGGUAUAGUUUAGAUUUGUACCAAGAAAGAUCAGAAUCUGAGUAAAAUAAUCCUUUCACAUUGUUUUGAUAAACAUUAUCCCCCAUUUAAUAUCAUUCUACCAAUCAAAUAGUUUUUAGUCACUUCUUAUCAUCAUUAUUUAAUUAUCCAUUAACCUCUCAAACCCAGGGCACAUGCAAUCUAACUGCACGUUGACAUUCAUAAAUGUUGAAAUAAAAUUGAAAAAAACAAAAAAACAAUUUAGAUGGAUAAUCAGCACAUAUUUAAAUGACUCCUGGUAGAGCCUUUGUAUUUAAAUUUUCUAAUAUGACAGCAGCAGACAACCAAGCGUAUUUUGUUUUCAUAGAAUACCAGAAGUUGAAAACCUGUGGGAAAAACAAAGAAACUAGAAGACACUAAUACCAGCAGCCAUUAUUUUAUGCAAGGGGGGAAACAAGCCUCACCAACAAGGCAAAAUCAGCUCAAUACGUGGGGAAGAAAGGUCUUCAAAAAAUAAAUUGACCUUUACAGAAUAAUGAUGGAUGCCAAAUGUUCUGAAAUGUUUCGCUAAAUAUUCUUAAUCCAAAAUAAAUAGUUUCUGAUUCCAGCACAAUAUAAUAUUAAAUCUUUUGCUGCUGAAUUUUUUUAUAGAAAAAAAUGUACAUUUUUUUCAAAGAGCGAAAAAAGUGGGAGGUUGGGUUUAUUAAAAAAUAUUUAAAAUAUUAUUCUUUGGUUUAUAAGACUAAACUUGGUAUCAAAUGAAAGAUAAUUGAAAGGACUAUAUGUUUGUAGACUUAUUUCUUCAGUUUAAAUAAAAUAAGUUACAGAAAAGAACCAUAAAAUGUGAAAACAUUUUAUGCUAAACAAUUUUUCCCCCAAACCCUAAGAUGUACACAUACCACAUCUUCACUUCUAUAACUCAAAUCCUCUAAAACUAUCACAUCAUGCAACGGACCUAAAUAUAUAUCAUAUUUAAAUAUAAAUCAUCUUCACUAUCAAAAGAAAUUGUAUAAAACUAUUCCAAAGCUUUUUGAGCUGUUAAUCUUCUAGGAAACUUAUUCACCUACUGGGGCUUAGAGUAGCCAUAGCAACAAUAGAAGAAAAAAAGCAAAGAAAAUCAUUAAAAUAAUGCAUCAAAUGACAACAAAUAAACCUUGGUUUCACUUAUAAAUAAUGAAAUACCACUCUUCUAUUUAAAGUCUUAUUUAAAAAUUGCUCUUUAAAAAGUCUAACCGAGAAAUAGCAAAGAAACAAACAUGAUAUUGAAACAAUGCACAGCGUGUUGGUCUGUGCUUUUGAGAGCGCCAGAAGAACGCAAUGUGCGUUGUUCCACAGCGAAAGAGUUAAUAAAUAAAAAUAAUUAAUGGAGAAAACUUGAAUUCCAUUAAAAGACAGACUGAACAAAAGAAUUAUCACAAUGUUAAAAACUCAGUAUCAAUAUAAAAACAAUAUGAAAUUUGACCGGUAACAGUGUUAUUUCUUCUUUCUUUCAUCAACUUGAAAUUAAUUCAGUAACCGCAAAGCUUAAUUAACUAUUUUAAACUUUAGAUGCCAGAUAUUCAUUACUGAAAUAGGUUCCCAAACUGUUUUCUGCCCUUCAGCUAGUCACAUACGGAGAAAACCACUGUCGUCCAAUAUUACUUCUGGAUUUUGAGUUUCAAGAGAGCGUACGGCCAGGUCAGAGACGGCAGUGGAAGAACUUGAGCCUUAUAGUGCCACCAACUUGCCCAUCUAAGUUAAGCAAGUGUCGCGUGAUAGAUGUCAGAUACUGUGUUGCGGUAAGCAAGGGAAGAAUUAAUGAAAGAUAAAGUAAUAACAAAUAUAUGUCCAUGACAGUGCAUGGUUGAUGUAUCUUGGCAAUAAAGUGAGACGCAGUUUGUCAAUUAGAAAAAUAAAAAGCAGAGAUAAAAAGAUAUUUUUAAAGUCCAAAAAUUUUUUUUUUUUAAUUUCAAACUCUGUAUUUAUGUCUGUUCUGUUACAGAUUGAGUGUUAGUUCCCAGACUUUGUAUAUAUGUCUCUUCUGUUACAGAUAGAGUGUCAGUUCUCAGACUCUGUAUUGUAUGCCGCUGUGCCUAUAACUGUAGUAACUGUUCCAGAGAGAGGCAUCAUUCCUAUACGGUGGUCAUAUCAAGGUAAAUACUCUAUGCCUCAUCUAUUAUCCAAUGAUAGCAAAUGUUGGCAGAUAUGAUUUAUUCAUACUUAGCUCUUAGCUCCAUCAGUGUAAGAAAAAAAAAACAAUCUGAACUUGGUACAAAAAAUAAAUAGUUUAAAUAAUGGUUUAAAUUGUUUAGAUGUCAAUUCAAGUUAGGCCUGUUCAGGUUAGAUGUCAAUUCAAGUUAGGCCUGUACAGUUUAGAUGUAAAUUCAAGUUAGGCCUAUACAUCUCAAAGAAGAAAAACAAAGCAAUUACCAUAUAUACCUGUUCUAAAGUCCAUUUGUUGAUAGGCGGUCGGUCCUAUAUUAGGACAGGAAAAGCAUGAAAAAAUGUGUAACCUGCUCAUUAACCUACCCCAUAAAAUAAUAAGUAAGUAAUAUGGUACCAAAGAAUAUCAUUCUAAGCCAGGAUGAGAUUAUGCUGGUGCUAAACACAUCUGAAUAUUUUUUCCAUCUACUUCUGGUAUCUUUUUUUUUUAUGCUUAGUGGCGAUCAAUCUUUAAAAUAUUAUGUUUAUAUCAAAAAGAAAAUUAAUAUAAAUAAUAAAGGUUAGUCCUGAUAUUUGUUAUGUAAAGCUUCAGGUAGCAUAUUCAAAUCUUGUAGAGGGUACGUUUGACUAGAACUUGGGGAUCUACAAUAACAAUUUUAUCAUUCAAUGCGCAUGGAGAAAAUUAUACAAAAUAUCCUAUAACCUUUCGACCACCCCUGAAAUAUUUAUGAACAAAACUUUGCUUGAGAGCAAGUAUAAUCGGUAAAAAUAAUGAACUUGAUUUACCAAAUAAUGAGACUUUAUCAUUUAAUAGUUGCAGAGAUUUACUGAUAGCUUAGCAUAUAUAAGAAUCAGGUAUGCUUCUCACUAUGGCUUUAAACCUCAAAUUUAGUGAAACGACCAGCUAUGUUUUCAGAGCUCUGUUAGGAUGUUCGGCUUGUCUAACAUGAGAUCAAUAUUGUGAAGAAUCAUCAUAUUAAUCAAUAUUGUUAGGAAUGGUCAAUUUGGAUGCAAUGACUUAUUUUGUUUGAUGGUUAGCAUGUAGGCCCAAGAUCAGUGCAUGCUAUAGGUUCCAUUUGUCUAGUUUUUAAUUAACUACCAACGCAUUUAACAAAAAUGCUCAUUUGAACUGUUAAUCUCUAGAAUGCUCAACAGAAUAUGGAGAAGAAGAGACAAGGAACACAACAAAUGAAGACAUCUUUCGACCACGCUAUAAAUUCUAUGAGGAACUUCGUGAUAUACGCAAGGACAAAUACUUUGUGUUAAAACUACGACAGAGCCCAGGUGUGAAGAGGAGACUUUUGGUGAACGAGGGAGAGAGCAGAACUGACUCAGAUGCAUUAAAUGAUUCCAAAGCUUAACACCAGAAUCAAAAUAUAAAUUGACAUUUGCUAAAUAGACACGUAAUCAUGGCGACAGCUCUGUCUCUUUCCAGAAAAAUUAUUCUCAGGCCAGAUGAAGCUUUGUGAAGAACAUUCCAGCCCUGGCUGAUGUUGUAUUUAUAGUAAUUUUAAAGUGCAAAAAAAAAAAAGUGCUGGC